AUGGGAAUAAUUCAUUGGCCAACUUUCAACUUGGUUUUAUCCGUUGUUGGAGCCGGUUUCUUGCUCACAAUACAAAGUCUUUACUAUAUAAAAGUGAGUUUUGAUGCAUGGUUGAUCGGAAUUAAAAUCCCGGAAAAAAAUGUGUUUUGAUGUUGUGUUUGAUACAGAAAAAAAAAAGUUCAUCAAAUAUAAUCCCUGUUGAAAAAGAGAAAUUUUCAUUUUCAAAUGUGGAACAAUACAUUUUUUCUUAUCAGGAAAGCAAUAAAAACUGAAGAGAAAAUGUGGAACAAAAACCUGGAAUUAAUUAAUUAAAAGUUACAUUUUGUUAGCCUCGAAUUCUAAAAAGACAAGAAAUGAUUUUUUUCGCGCAAAAAAUCGAUUAACAGGAACGAUAACAAUGAACAAAUAUGUAUGACAACAAAAAAAACAUAAUAAUACUGUCGGUAUUAUUAUUAUGAAGAUAGACAUAAACACAACCCGCUCAAUCGUUUGUACUUUCUGCUAAAAAUGAAAAUAAAACUUUUUUCGAAAUUGAAAGGUGUUAUAACUCUAACUGCUUUAUAUGUUUCACUUGUUUCGUUUGGAUAUGAACUUGUUAAUAAUAUUUUUUCGGCUGAAUAUAUUAAAGUGAGUUCAGGGCUUGAUUUUUGUAUUGGAAGAUUAAUUUUAUGAUUCUGAGAACUUUUUCGAAUUUUAAUGUUUUGAUUUUUGUACAGUUUUCUGUCUAGCCAUGAUUUUAUUGCAAAAAUGCAAAUGCGUGGGAACUCACAAAAUUUUGGCUUUCAAUGUGAUAAGAACAAGGUUUAAAGAAUAUUCAACUAAAUAUAUAAAAAUAAUAACCCUAAACCUGUUUUUGACCUAUCAUUGAAAAAAUGCAAUUUUUAGCGAGUUUCCAAAAGGGCUGAUUCACGAACGAAAAAAAUGUUAAAAAAUGUUUUUUUAACAUCGAAAGAUCAAUUCACGAAAAGUCAAAAAAUGUCGAAAAAACAUUGUAGGUCAAAAUUAUUUUUUCGAGUUUUUCAGCCAAAAAUGAUGACAAAUCGAUAUUUUUUAAGCUUCUGGAGUAAUUUCUGAUGAAAAUAAGCUUUGAGAACCCUAUUUUGCUUUAUUUUGUGAAUUUUUCGAAAUUCAUCAAAAUUUAAAAAUUUUUAUUUUACGAAAAAUCAGCAAAACCUUCUGGAAAGUGAAUUCCAAGGUCAAUUUUUAUUAGAAACUACUUUAGAAUCUUAAAAAAUAUUGAUUUGUCAUCAUUUUUGGCUGAAAAACUCGAAAAACUUAUUUUGACCUACAAUGUUUUUUCGACAUUUUUUUGACUUUUCGUGAAUUGAUCUUUCGAUGUUAAAAAAACAUUUUUUAACAUUUAUUUCGUUCGUGAAUCAGCCCUAAAAACGUUUUUGAUUGACAGUUCAAUUUCGUCUUCAAAAAAAUUCACGAUUGCGUGACCUAAAUCUAACGAUCAGAAAAUAAAUAAUUUUAAAAUUUAUUUCUCGAUAAAAAUGCGCGAUGAUUAUUUUUUCGGAAUUUGCUUACUAAUUUCAUUAAUAUCAUUUGCAACUGAUCUUGUUGGUUCAAUAUUUACUUCGGAAUAUAUUAGGGUAUUUUUUCAGAAUAAAAAUUUCGAAAACAAAUGAAAUUGAAAAAAAAAGAAAUAUUUUAGGUGUUCUUCGAUGAAUUUCAUUUGCCACCUGGUUACUUGAAAAUAGUCCAAGUAUUAUUUCUUGUUUGGAAUGCUAUCAAUGAUCCAAUUAUGGGAUAUAUGCAAGAUUUAGGAUGUUGUGGAAUGACAUGGAUUAUGGAUAGAAGAAAAGUUAUCAAAUAUGCGGGACCUGUUUUUGCCGCUUCGUUUUUGUUGUUUUGGUUCCCAUGGUCGACGUAAGUUUGACUUUUUUCACCUACAGUACUUCUUUUGAUUUCAGAACAAUUGGAUGGGUAACUGCUCUUCAAAUGCUUGUUGCUCUAUUCAUUUAUGAUACAUUACUAACUCUUGUAUUAUCUGCAUAUUGUGGAUUAUGUGUUGAAAUGUCAAAAAGUCAUUCAGAUCGUGUACGAGUUAUUGUUUAUGGUGAAAUAUUCACAAUUAUUGCGGGUUUUAUGAUUUAUCCACUUGAAACUAUGCCACAUUCAAAUGAGCAUUUCUGGAUGUUUCAAUCAAUUUGUGUUGCAGUCGCUGUUGUAUCUGCAGGUUUAAUGGUAUUUUCAGCCACAAAAUUGAAAAAAUCAUUGAAUACUUUGCCUGAAAUUCAUCAGUUGGAAAAACUCGAAACUGAACCAGAUCCAAAAAAAGAAAUCGAGAAACAAGGAUGGAAACAUGCAUUCCAAGUUUCAUGGCAAGUUAUCAAAGAACCAAGAUUUAUUUGUUUGGUUGGUGCGCAGUUUUUCAAAAUUUUAAGGUAAGCAAUGUUUCUGUAAGGGCUUAUGGAAGCUGAUUUUUAUAAUUUACUGUAGGUUCAUGGCAAAUGAAAACUUUUUGAUAACAUACACUGAUGCACUUCUUGUAAGUGGUGGAUUUUAUAUCAAAGAAUCAUCAGCUGCUGGAUUAUUUUUGAUUUUGGCUCGAUCUUGUGGAAGUCUACUUUUCUUGUUGCUUUGGUUUCCAACAAAUCGAUUUGGUACUCAAUCAAUAAUUCAAGCUUUGAAUAUUGCAUCUUUGAUUAAUAUUGGAAUUAUGUUAUAUUCAGGAAUGGAUAAUCUUCUUCAUAUUGCAAUUUUCAUAAUUAUCGAGAAGUGAGUUUAAUUUUUGAAAUUGUCUGAAAAUGUGGGUGCCAGAAAAUGAGUGAGAAUAGUUUGAUCGUUCAAACUUUUUUGAAUUUUUCAAAUAAAAAUCCAGAAGGAUAUUCAAAACUAUCGUUAAUCUCCUGUUAUUUUCAAAAAAAAAUUGAGAUCGGGUCAAUUUUUUACGAAUCAAAUUUUUUUCAGUGCAAUAUCUCGUUGUGGUUGGCAAGGAUUUUAUAUUGUUGUUGCGGGUGAAGUUGUUGAUACUGAUAUGAAACAAAAUAAUCGAAAAUCCCCAUUCUCCACAAUUAUUUUCACUCUCAAAGCACUAUUCAAUAAACCAGCCGAUCAAUUAGCACCAGUUCUUAUUCUUACAUUUUUCUUGGAAAAUGGUGGCUUUCCAACUCUAACAAAACCAUGCACAACAUUUGGUGAUAAUCUCCUUGUUGAAAAUGCUCUCAAUUCAACAAUUUCUUCAACUUCCACAUCAUUAACAACUGAAAUAGUUCCAACAAUUGAAAAUUGUUCGAGUUAUAAAUAUUGGAUGUUUUUGGCAUUGACAAUAUUUCCAGCAAUUUGUGCAGUUGGGGAAUCGGUUUUUGUUGGAGUUGAUCAAUAUUUGAGACGAAAUGUCAAAGGAAAAACACAUCAUUUGGGAGAUGAUUGA